AUCACUAUUCACUCAUUAAUCCAGGGACUUUGGGAAGGUGGCCUUUGGGAGUAUAUGGUUGGGGCCAUCUGGCUCAAUGGUGCUACAGGUAGACGCGAUUGGGGUUCGUACUCAGAACCUUUUAAACUGGGGGUCAAAGACCCUAAAAGCCUGCUAGGCUAUCCUGUCUGUUAAAUAUGAUCCGUCAUUAUGAGAAAUAAAAUGAUAUUCAAGGGUUUGGUAAGAGAUGUAGUGUUUGAUGGGUUGAUCAUUACAUGAGAGGAGGUAAUUUACAUAACGUGCACCAAAAAUUCACAGAUAAUCUAAGAAUUCAUAUGAAAUAGGCCUUUUGGUGCAUUAUGCUUUUUGAUUAGUAAGUAAGUUAUUCAUGGCCACUUCUCAGUACUGUUCAGUGCCAUUUGUAACUGAAAUGUUUUCGGGCCGUAGUUCUCCAUGGGCUGGUUUGCCCACCCAAUUUUCAAUGGAGAUUACAAGGAUGUGAUGAAAACUAUUAUCCGAGAUAGAAGCCUUGCAGCUGGUUUACCACACUCAAGGCUUCCUGAAUUCACCCAAGAAGAGAUUGAGAGAGUCAAAGGCACUCAUGACUACUUAGGUUUCAACUACUACACCACUGUCCUGGGGUAUCCCAAAGAAUUUGGAGACCAACAGGAUUAUGAUGGUGACAGAGGUGCCGGGAGAAUCCAUGAUCGGAGCUGGAUCGAGUCGGGCUCCUCCUGGCUGAAGAUCACCCCCUUUGGCUUCAGAAGGAUUCUGAACCUCAUCAAGGAGGAGUACGGAAACCCUCCGGUCUACGUGAUGGAGAACGAGCGAGGCGCAGUGGACCUCAUCAAUGUCCACAGGUCUCACUACUACGAGACCUACUUCAACCAGGCCAUGAAAGGUCGUGUUCUGGACGGUGUGGAUGUGAGGGGCUACACCGUGUGGUCCCUGAUGGAUAACUUUGAGUGGGCCGCAGGCUAUGCUGAGAGGUUCGGUCUGUUCUACGUGAACUGCAGCGACUACACGCUCGCUCGCAUCCCCAAGGCUUCGGCUGCCCGCUACACCUCCAUCAUAACCUGUAACGGCUUCCCCGACCCAGCCCUCGGGCCUCACGAGUGCUUGAACCCUCAACCCGAAGCCACAGUUGGUCCGUCCGUGACCACAGGCACACCUGCUCCUCCUCUGGCUGUGGUGGACAGAGGGGUCUUCCUAGGUCUGGAGCUCCUCUCUGGGGUGGCCGAGGUGGCUCUGUACAUCAUGUUCGCCCUUGCACUGGGCAUCGUGGUGGCGCCCAUCUUUGGAGCGUACCGACUCGUCAAGACCAAGCGACAGUUGAAGAGAAAGGCGGCGGUAUCGCUCAAUAUGCAGAGGAUGUGAAGCUAAGGUUUCAAGGUUAUUGUUUGUUUUAUUGUUUGUUGAGAUGAUUUGUACUUUAUCCAGCCCAGACAAGGAGUUUGGGUCGCAGCCGAAGUAGCAGAAAGGAUAGAUUAGUAAAGAAUGAAGUUAAAAAUAAAAAUGAGAUCCCCUCAAACACAAUCAUCUGUUGUGAUCCAAAUUGGGUUGACAGUUUGAUGAGAAAAUACAACACCAUUAUAAAUUUGUUGGAUAAUUUAUGUUAAAAGAUAAAUAUUCACGGUCUUUCAGUAAAAUAAAAGUCUAAAAUAGCCA